AUCACAAUGUAAUUAUCCAAAAGGCCAUAAUCAACUUUCCAUUUUACACCAUCAUCUCAGACUUAAGCUCAUUGUAUGCUUCUUUCAAGAUUUUUAUUCUCUUCUACGUCAAAUUUGACAAAGGUCAUUUCUGUAAAAACUCUUUGUCGGAAAUUAAUUUGGUCGGCGAUCCAACGAUUUGACUAUCAAAAACAUCAAUCCAUACACUCUUUCACUAUCAAAAUGGCACCCAAAAGAAGCUCGGCUAAAAGGGAGACAUCCGAUCAAGUCGAAGAUGCAGAUGAAAGGGCUCUAGACCCCACUUUGACAGACAAACCAGACGUUUCUGAUAGUGAAAUGGCACGUCCUGCCAAAAAACGCAAACAAAGUUACGAUAAAUCACAAUCUAUCAAGAAAUCCGAUCAUCUAGAUUACUCAUUUAGCGAUACUGUUGGUCACGACGGAAACGAGAAACCUCCAAAAAGGAACGCAUUCAAUCCAACAGGGAAAUUACCUGAAAAGCCAACACCCAUCGAAACAUUACGUGAAACAUUGAAAGAACAAGGGAAAGCAGAGGGAAAGCCAAAGAAUGUUUUGUAUUGGAUGAGAAUGCGUGACCAUAGGAUUGAAGAUAACCGUGCGUUGGCAAAAGCAAGCGAAAUCGUUCAAUCAAACCAAGGCUCUCAUUUGAUUGCCCUUUUCAUCAUCUCACCGGACGAUUAUCGUUCACAUGAUCGCUCGCCACGAAGGAUUGAUUUCACUCUUAGAAAUCUACGUGAUCUUCAAAAGCAAUUCGAAAAUGAUCUGAACAUUCCAUUCAUUAUUCUUACUCAUAAACCAAGAACGGAUAUACCGAAUAAAGUAAUGCAAUUGUGCAAAGAAUGGAAUGUAAAUCGUUUGUACGGAAAUAUCGAAUACGAAGUCGACGAACUCUGGCGUGAUAUUCAGAUUCUGGAACAAGGGAAGAAGGAAAGCAUUCAUUGCACUUUUAUCGAUGACACAUAUGUCGUUCCACCCGGCAAAGUGAAUACAAAAGAUGGUCGACCUUACAGCGUUUUCUCUCCCUGGAGUCGUGUGUGGAUGGACAUUGUGGCCAAAGAAACGGAAAUGUUGGAAGAAGCGCCUGAUCCAAAAUCAAACGAUAAAUCAGUCAGAGAGGACGAAAAUUUAAAGACUUUGUUUGAUAGUAAAAUCCCAGAUCAUGUUGAAGGCUUCGAAUGCAAGGAUGGCGAAUAUAUGCGAAAACUUUGGCCUUCAGGAAGCAAAUCCGCAAAGCAGGUAUUGGAAAAUUUUAUCAAAGAAAAAGGAGGUUUACAUGUUUUAGAAGGACCAGCAGAUCAAUUCACAACGGAUGAGAAAAGUUCAAACAUCAAUGGAAAGGAAUCAAGAAUUGAACGGUAUCAAACCGGCAGAAAUCUGAUGCACGAAAAUGGAAGUAGUCGAAUUUCUCCGUACCUCACCGCAGGCGUGAUCAGUGCAAGAGCAUGUAUGCGCAGAGUAAAAGAGAUGACAAACAAUCGUUUAAAAGUUGGACGGGAUUCAGGACCUGCGGCAUACAAUAUGGAAAUCGGUUUUCGAGAUUUCUAUGGUCAUGUACUUGCAGCUUGGCCGCGUGUUUGCAUGGGUAGAGCAUACAUUACCAAAUAUGAAGACGUUGUAUGGGAAUACGAUCAAAGUACAUUAAAUGCAUGGAAAAAUGGAAGAACAGGAUAUCCAAUCGUUGACGCAUCUAUGCGACAAGGGGCGAAACAAGGGUACAUGCACAAUCGUGGUAGGAUGAUCGUUGCAAUGUUCUUAACCAAACAUCUUAUGCACGAUUGGCGUGAAGGUGAAUCUUGGUUCAUGCAAAAUUUCAUCGAUGGUGAUUUCGCAUCAAAUAAUGGAGGAUGGCAAUGGUCAGCUUCGACUGGAACAGAUCCACAACCUUACUUUCGAAUCUUUAACCCUUUGUCUCAAAGUGAAAAGUGCGAUCCAACAGGAGAUUAUAUCCGUCAUUGGGUUCCCGAGCUGAGAGAUAUCAAAGGAAACGCAAUCCACGCUCCUCAUGAACGUUUAUCAAAAGAAGAAUUUAAAACUCUCGAUUACCCGGAGCCGAUUGUUGAACAUAGAUUUGCCCGUCAAAGAGCACUGCACAGAUUCAAGAAUGUAGGGGAGAAAUGAAUGAAGAUAUAAUGAGAUUUUGUACAAUAUGGCCCGGUGACUGUUGAAGAUAGAAUUGCGAUAUGGCGUUGGACAGUUAUUCUAGAAUAUUCAUACAGCGCGCGAGAAUAAAUUGAAUCACGUG